AUGGAAUUUCCAACCCUGGAUAACAAAAUCCCAAUUCUAGUAGUUCCAUUCCCAGCACAAGGCCACAUUAACACGCUCCUCCAUUUCUCCCUCCUCUCAUCCCAUGGCCUCCCCGACCACUUCGCCUCCUCCUCCAUCCACAACCACCAAGCUCGCCACCGUCUCCAAGGCUGGACCUCCACAUCACUCCACAACAUCACAUUCCAUGAUAUCCCCAUCCCUUCUCUUCCUCCAUCCACCCCCAACCCCAACUCCACUCACGGCUUCCCUUCCCACUUAGUCCCUAUUUGGGAGUUCGUCAUCCACCACCUCCGUUCUCCAAUCUCCUCUCUCCUCCACUCCCUCUCCUCCUCUUCUCCUCUCAUCCUCAUCCACGACCCUCUCCUGUCCUUCGUCAUUGAUGAUGCCGCCUCCAUCCCCUCCAUCCAUACCUUCAAGUUCCAGUGCGCCCCUGCCAAUUAUAUACUCUCCUACCUCUAUGAAAGCAAAUCCAAACCCGACAUCCUCUUCUCUCCCUUACCCGACACCUUCCCUGAAGAGGUCAGUACUGAAAGCUCUUAG